AUACGUCAACGUGGUAACCGCUACGGUAAAAAAUGCUUUCUGUGACAGUGUACACUAGUUGAAUAGUGAUUCGGGUGUUAAAAUAAUAUUGCUUGUGAUGAUAGAGAACUAAAAGACUGGUUUGGAUUAUCGCUGCGUCGAAAGUGAGGCGUGGAGAUGGCCGAAGUGGACAAGUUCAAGAGGCGGGUGAUCAGGGCCGUGGCCCGCCAUCUUCGCCAGGACAAGACGCCUGGAGAGGCCAUGUGGAAGGCUCUGAGGAACGAGGCCGGGUGUGACUGCAAGCUGCUGUGGCAGCGGAUGCGAGCCCUCACUCUGAAGAAGAUGAAGCGACUGGUGCUGGCUGAAGACCGCCUCAACAACAUAGCGGCGGUGGCUCAAAUGACGCUCACAGACUGGCUGCUAUUCGACUUGGUACUCGUGCAUGAAGAGAUCGAUGUUAUUGGACAGGACUUAAAAACAGAGCCGGGCAUCUUGAUGGACCUGUUCAACGUCGUGAAGCGAUUCCAGAUCGAGGGCAAGCAGGGCGAAGCCCUAACCACCGCCUGGACCGCUGCCACGUUUUACUACAACAGCUUCGGGCGCCAAUGCUCGCCAAUGCUGCUGCAGCGGCGGUGGUACCAGAUAAAGAAGAACACCAGGAAGAAUUUCUACAAGUUCUGGUUCGAGUACCGCGGGAAUGCGCGGCUUGUGAGCGCCGCUAAGGCAUUCCAACCAACACCUCUCCAGUCCGCGGUUGCUCAAAGAUUCCCGCACAUCGUGACGAAGCCCUUCAUGGAGUGGGACCAGAUGAUCAAGGAGAAAUACGUCAUACUACCCGAAGAAUUUGAGGCAAAAAUAAAAAAGAAAUAUACCAAGAAAUCUAAGCCAGCAGCAAAUGAACCGGACAUCGUUCUUGUGGAGCCUCAAAUUGAAACCAUCGAUGUUGAAUCUGACCCAGAAGGAGACAAGGAAGACAAGAAUGAAUCCAAUUCAAACAGGAACACGCCUGAACCAAACACGAUGGCUCAAUUUCCGACCAUCGCGGCUUUACUUAAAAAAGAACCGGUUGACGACUUCGAAAUAGACGUAGAUGAUGUGAACGAGAAUGCUGAAGAAACCAGCCACAUAGACGAUGAAACAUUGACAGCUGUUGGAGCGAUUACCGAUGACGUAGGUGACUCUACGAUGACUACUGAUGACGACACAAAUACAAUGCCAAUGAUAUGCAGCGUAGCAGGAAAUUUCAGCGAAGACUCUGUCACGAAUUCCUCGAAAGAAACCGCCAAUGAAGUGAUGGAUGAAAUAAAUAGCAUACUGACGUCAGCAGCAACCAAACCAAACGUAAAAAGUGAACCAAAGUCACCAAUACCAGAUGAAACCAGCACUGUAGUAGUUAUUAGCCCUGAUAAACCACAAAGUGCCAAAUUAGUGACAGAAACGAUAGAAGAGGACACAGAUGAGUUAAUGGUUAUCGACGAAUCGGUAAAAGAUAACGUAGAAGGCAACCAAAGUGAGGUUAUGACUGAAAUUGACAAUAUUCUUGAAUCUGCAAUACAAGGGAAAGUGCAAUCGCAUAAAUCUAAAAUUGAUACGCCAGCUACUCAUUCCAAAUUAAUGGAAGUAGAUGAAACUGCGAAAGAACUUAUAAAAGAAUGCUCAGCAAUAGAUAUUACUGCAGAUGACGUCGAACAAGAUACUGGAGAAGAGAUUGAUGAUGUUGAUAAAGUCAAUUCAAUAGACGACUGCGUAAAGCGUGAAGUUAAUGCUGAAUCAGACGAAGAUGAUGAAGUUAAACUAGUAGAUAUUAAAAGUGUUGGAAAAUCUCCAAAAAGUGUAGAAGAAAAUAUGACAGUUCCAUUGAUAUCAAGUAUACAUGGAGGUGAAAAACCGACUGAUGAUUCUAUGAUGGAUAUUUCAACAGAAGUGACAUUUGAAGACGAUGGAAUCGAGUUGGUAGACGAUGGAAUAGCAAUUGAAGAUGACGAUGAUUAUGGGGCAGAAUCGGUUGAACCUGAAGCAUCAGAAGAUAAUGAACCCGCAAAAUUCGAUCUGAAACUAUUGAUGCAUCCUUGCGUGUACACAAUAAAAUUAGAAGACAUGUACGUUUUCAAAAAUAAAGACAUACACGAAGUGAAAGACGUGCUCACAAUAGAAGCUGCUCUAAUCGAGAGUAAAAUGCAUAUCAAAAAGGAAUCGAUCAAUGAUUUAAAAGAGGAACUGCAGGACAUAAUAAAAGAGGACUUGGAGGACAUAAUAAAAGAGAAACCGGAGAUAAUAAUAAAAGAAGAGCCGGAGAACAUGAUAAACGAGGACCCGAACGAAAUAAUAAAACAGGAGCCGGAAGAGGACACAAAACACAGCAGCGACGAGAAUUCCAGCGACGAAGACGAGGUGCCCGAGAACAGAAGGGUGAAACUAACCAGCUACAUGCUCCAAAAGCCGAAGAGCCGAAGCUACAACCCGAUCCAGCUGUGCAAGAACCCCGACUUCAACACGCGACUGAAGAGGCUCACAGUGGGCUUCCUGAGCUCGAACAGGAACAGGCUGCUGCUGAAAUACCUGAAGCCGAUGACCGUCGAUCUGAGUAAAGCGUUCGAGAGCAAGCUGAUAGACGGGACGAUAUAUCUGAAGCCGGACUCGGACGGGCCCAGGAUCAAACGCGAGAAGGAGGAGGAGACGAGCUCCCAGGCCAGCAGCGCCGUGCUUCCGUCGGCUAUGCCCGCGCAGAUGCUCAUCGAUUCCACCUGCACGGCCGCGCUGCGCGACCUGCUGCCCCCGCCCUCGCGGAACCACCCCACCCCUCUCCCGGAGCGACAGAAGACCGUCACCCUCCCCGACAUCAACAACAUCCGCCGCAUCAACCAGAACCUCCUCACGGCGGAGGUCACCCCCAUGCGGAUCCAGGCCGGCGACGCCAACAAAUACGACCCCCCCGUCCAUAUAGUCUCGCCGCCGAAAGCAACCCCGUUCGUCCCCGAAAACCCUAAGCGGGUCGAAACGCGCCCCGAGAAUGUAACGAACGCUCCCGAACCCGACCCCGAAACCGCAGCCCCGGAAGCGGUUUCGGGCCCGUCGACGGCCGCCCCCGGGGAGAAAACCAGGAAACAACAUACGAAACAACCGAGAGCGUUCGUCAGCUGGAACGUGUACAAAAAGCCGAGCAAACCGUGCGCCGAAGACGAGUUCCUGUUGACUCUGGACGCUCUCAGCAAAAUGUUACAUCUGUUCAACGAGAACGAAACGGUGUUGAAAAUUAAAGGCCACAAGCCGCUUUUCAGACAAAAAAUGGAAUUAAUGAAGCGACUCUAUCAAUAUGAAAAUAACGUCGAAGACGAAACCCGCGAAUCCUUCGACAUCACCGAGGAGGAUAAGGCCAAGGAAGCCGCGAAAGAAAAAGAAAAGAAGCGUAAAGAAAAAGCUAUGGAUGUGCCGCCGCCCUUGGUAGUUAUCACGCCGAAAAUAAACGUCGUCGAAGGACAAGAACCAUACGCUCCGUACUGUUGUUGGGCUCGCAACAAAAUCGUGACCGGCGGCGGCAAGGCGCUGCGAGCUCAUCGAUGCCCGCGGGUGUGCCGCUGCUGCUGCCGAGAUCAGUUGGCGCAACAAUUCGUUGAGAGACACAAAAAACCUCCAACAAUAGACAUUUCUGACGAAGACGAAACUCCAAAAUUAAAAAAAGUGAGUGAAAGUAUAGAAACUGUCGUGCAAUCGGCUCCAAGGUUGACAGUCAAGCCAGCUGAAGAAUUACUACCGCCACCACUAGUGCUGUCUAAAAAGAAGCCCAGGAGGCAUAUAGUUCAUGUACCGGCUGCGAUGGACGCUAGAACCGUCUCCACUUCUACUGUUUCCACAUCAACCGACCUCGAUUCUACAGACCCCGCGAUGGCUGUCUCAACUCCUGCCGUGAGCGGUUCGCUUAGUUCGGUCCCCACUGCAGACGUGUCCGCUUCGCCCGUUACCACUUCCGUCAUUGACGAACCGGGUGUUAGUCCAGUCAUUCCCGACCCGGUCGAUCCUGCUCCGGUCGUCCCCGCUACGGCCAUCCCGACUCCGGUAAUCCAGCCGCCUCCAUCCACAAUUGCUCCCAAAAAACUUAACCAGUCGGAAGUAAUAACUAUAAAUGACAGUGACGACGUUACUCCUCCACUUCCGAAAAUAAAACCCCCUAAUAAAAGAAUGUACCCUUACGCCGGCAUGUCACAGCUUAUCCGGAAAGACACCUUUGUAUUCCCGACGCCGUAUCGACCGCGCGUCAAGCAUCAGGGCCACAUCACCAUAGACGCCAGCCGAAAGGAAUUGAAAAUCCACAGCCAGACAGCGACCUACCGCGACGCACCGGGCAUGAUGGAGAAGAUCCUAUACCUCAACAGUAAAAAGCAGGCCGAAGGAGCCUCACCAAUAUUUCUGGGUCAGAAUAAAAUUUUGUUGACUGACAUCCGAUUUCCGCGUAAUGAUUCUGUCGGGACCGUACAGAGCAUGUUACCUCCCGUCAACACAGUGCCGGUGACGAUACCCACCACCGCGGAAGCGCCGCCGCCGCAGCUGCCUGCCGGCGUGCACAUUGUCCUGCUGCCCGAUGGACAGCUGACCUACUCCGUCGAGUCAGGCGUCGAACUUACCGAGCAGGACCUCGUAGCGAUUCCGAUCAUAAUAGAAGCCGUGCGAAAACAGCUCAACAGCACAAAUAACGCUGGACUGAAUGCGGCUGGCCAACUGGAUGUUAUUAACGCAGCAAUCGCCGGUGUAGCAAGCUCUGCUGGUGCAGCGAGCACUACUGGUCAACCGGACACUCCUGGUGUAGUUGCUGACGCAAAUUCCCAGGAGCCUGUUGACCUUACCGAUGAAAACACUGAUGAUGCUCCUGCAUGUUCAGAUGUGACGACUAAUCCCGAGGCGAGUGUGCCACUCGAACCCGAAACACAAGAAUCUGCUGCAGUUUCGAGUAAUACCGAAAAUAAAACAGAUUCAACGGAGAACGACAGUGAAAACCAAAACCAAAUCGAAAACAAAACAGAUAAUGAUUCCGCUAAAAUAGUGAACGUUAUGAAUACUAGCCCAGAAAACAUUCAAAUGACAGAUACUUCAGAAGCUGAACGGGAUAAUAAUAAUGCUGCUAGUACUGAAAAUAUUAGUGAAGUGCCAUCAAACCAGACUGAGCAAGAAAAUUCAUUAACGGAAACCAAUGAUAAAAUCACAGUGCCUGACAAUGAAACUACCACUCCAAUAGAAAUGUCCGAUGAUAAUAAAGUUGAUCAAGGAACUGGUGAUUCAGCAGGGCCUGCUGAACCCUCAGAUGUACUGGAAAAUAGUUCCGAAAAGCCAGAAGCUACGACGUCGAGCAAUUCCAACAGAAAAACGCUAUUAUCUGAUCUAAUGGAAAUGUCGGGGAUAUCUGAGGAAGACAUUCAAACAAGUGUUCCCGUGGUGAAUCAGGUUGUUCAGACGCAGCCAGUUAUGCUUACAGCUCCUGCGGAGGCAGACGUUAUGAUGACAGCUCCCGCCCAGCCGGAGGCUUUGCUGCCAGCGCCGGUGGAUCCAGACGUUGUAAUCGACGGCCCAGUUCCUCCGCCCCUUACGCCAAACUGCGCCGAGCUGUCUCCGAUCAUGUCAUUUAGCCAACUAAAGUACGCAUGCGAACGUAACGGCACAUUCUUCAAAUUGGACUUGAAACUUGGAACGCUCUCGAGGAUAUCGGUAUGUUUAAAGAAAAAUCCUCCUCGGAAACAGCCCUUGAAAAUACUGCCGAAAUCUGUGAUCGAUCUGACGGACGACCCAGAAGACGUGCAGGAGGUGCCACUGGAGUCAGUUGACGAAGAUACGCUGCCAAAGACCGUGAUACGAACUAACAAGUCUCUAUUGAAGGACCCUAAGGACCGACCGACUUCCGGGCAGCCGGAAGCCGUCACACCGUUAAAACUUUUCAGAGCUAUUCGUAUCUUAAAAAAGAAUAAACAAGAAUCUCAUCUCAAACCACUCAUAAGUAAACCUUCAUCAAGUAACGCAACUAAUAAUGUUCAAACAAAACAAACCAGGAAGCAGGAAUUGAACGAAUCUAGCUUAAGGCAUGAAUCACAAAGUGAAAAUAAUCAGGAAACGGGCCAAGAGUCGGUAGACGACGGAUUAACAUCUCGAGAAUUGGACGAAAGCAGUCUCGAUUCAGAAGAACUCAAUCAAUACAUAUGGAAAGACUCAUCAGGCAGUGAGAGCGAUUCGUCCGAUGAUGAACCAUUGGCUAAGAAGGCUAAGCGAAUGAGGUGUGACGAGGAUCAGGAAGAGAGUAACGUUGGGGAGGCACAAAUGGAUCAAGAUCAAAACCCUGCGAUUGAAAGGCCUAAAGAGGUAGAAGUUUCGAAAGAUACGAAUGCACAGAACGAGGUUGAAAUGGAGGUUGUUAAUGAUCAAAUGGAGGACGAGAAAAUGGUGGAGGAAAGAUUGGAGGAAGAUGAAGAGGUCCCUGAAGAUGCAGAUAUUGCGGGAGUCGAAGAGGUGCCUAUUGCGGGAGGCAUGCAGUCAGAAAUGAUGGAGCGAAUGGACGAAGGCGAGGACGACGAUAACUGCAUUCUUGGAGUUUAAUUCCCAUCACUCGUAAUUUGAUGAACAGCGAACAGAUGAUUUUUGAAAUUAUUGAAACUAUAUUUGCUUCAAAUGAAGAAAUGGGACGUACAAAACACGUUUAUAGCAUCAUAUUACAAUUUGAUAUUGGACAGAAGGAAGAGAAACUUUGUAAAUAAAUAAAUGUGUAGUGUUAUGUAAAUAUGUCUUAAUGUAAGUCUUGUAUUAGAAUGCCCAAAAUAUACAUAUUCAAACGUAAACAAGGUGUUAAUACAUCUGUCUAUUAUGGAUAUGUAUUAUUUUUUUAACUUCUUAUGGCCAAGCCAAGAUAUUUUAUAGCAGGUAUGUACUUACUUACCCUUUUUUUAGUCUCAUUCUUAUUUUAUUAACAUAAGAAACUGACACUAUUGUAAAUCCUAUACAGGGUGUUAGGUAAAUGGGUAUAUGAGCCGACACUAGCCCAUGUUAACAUGGUCAUAUAAAUGGU